AUGAUAUGUAUAUGGAGAAAUGUAAAGUUAUUAAAUAGAAAUAGAGGUAAUCAAGGUUAUAAAUGGUAUCAAGUUACUAGUAUUCCAAGAACUUUAUGGAGUUAUGGUUAUUUCGAUCAGUUAAGAGUUUUGAUGAAUUCAUUGGAUAAUGAAUUCGAUGCUAGAUUAUCAUUUCAAACAAAAAUCUGUUAUUCAAGACUUGUCUUUUGUUCAAUUUAUUCUGGAGAGUUACGGAUAUCAAAAGUGGUGGCCGUCAGGAUUAUUAUUGACCAAUGCAAUAUCUGCCGGAAAUCUCCAUGUUGUUAA